AUGCCCAACGCGUACGCUCUGCCAGCUGCGCCCCUCGCAACUGCUCCGGCGGUCUCUCCUCCCUCCGCGCCCCCCCCCAUCCCACCUGCAUAUGCGGCUCCCUCUACUGCCCCUGCUGCCUCUUCGUCUGAAGCAGAUCCGCCACGCCAGCUCGCUCCUGUUGCUGUUGGUGGUGACCCCGAGGACCAGACGGACCACGUGGAAAUCCCUGCCAUCUUGCAUAACCUCCGCCGCCAGCGCGCGGUGAUUUCGAUCCUCGUUAUGCCUCGCUGGAGGCUUGCGGUGGUGGACAUUCUCUUCCCUGAAGCGGGAGCGGAGGCCAUCCGCGCCAACCUGAUCACACGCAUUUCGAGGCACCUGCAGCCGUUUCAUUUCCGUAACAACGCCAUCCCUGAGUUCCAGCCUUCGGUUGGAGAAGUGCUUCGCAUUCCCCGCCGUGCCUACGCACGCCUUCACUUCUCCUGGCCUUCUCAGGACAACGCCGACGACUUCAAAGGCCUCUCCCCGCUCACGUUCCACCUCCCCAACUCCCGCUCAAUGUUGCUGAAAGUUUACGUUGACCGCUACCCGCGUUUCACCUCGGCUAAGGCAGGAGGUGCUGCCACGCUGACCCUUCGCAACGUCCCACCGGGUUACACCCCGGAGGACCUCCACACCUUCCUGAUGCACCAGAACGUCGCGGGCGAACCUUCAUGGCUUACGGACCUCCAGAUUUUCCACCAGGUCAAGGACCCGUAUGAGGACGCAAUGCGCACAGCUCUUCUAACCCCCCCAGCCCGCCUCCUCUCUUCUUACCCUCCUUUCCUCGAACACCCCAUCUCUUCCUCAGGCCUGUUUCUACGCUCAUGUGUUGCAAAUGCAGCGCUCCCAGCUGCCCCUCCCCACAGAUACCCCCCCUGUCCUUCCUGCCCAGUGCUCGGCCUCAGUUCCCUCUUCGGCCAGCCGCUUGGCUUCAUGCACCCGCCCCGCAUUUGCAAAGUGCUCCUGCCCCCCAGCCUGGCCCUUCCCUCGCUGCCCCUCCUCCCCCGCUUUCAGCCCAUAAUUCCCCCAUGGGCAGCCCCACCAUGCUCGUCCACCGAGUACUUUUCCCACCUUCCCUCCCCUUUUCCACAUCGCCCUCCGUUGCGUUUUCCCCUUCCUAUUCUCUACAUGGGCAGGCCAAGUGCUCGGCUCCCGCGCCGCGCCUGCAGCCUUCCGCAACGACCCGGGCUGCUCUACAUUGGUCUCGACGCGGACGUCGAGCCAUGGACUUGUGCCCUGUGCAACCUGACUUGUGGCGCCGCUCUCGACUCGGCUAUGGCCCACAUCGCUUCCGAGCUGCACGCCGCAAAGAAGAUCUCUGCAGCCCACCUCCCUGCCGCAAAGGAAAAGUACACCGGGUGGAAGGCAGUGGCCUUCGUUGCUCUUCCUUAG